GCCAAGGAAUGCACGCUGGAUGAAAUGAGGUGGAAGCUGAACUUCGAAGGCUUAAUCUCACGGUAGAUUUAUUAUCAAAGUGGCAUGCUUACAGUCAACCCGCUGUAAGUUCAAUUCCUGUAAAAUUGCACGAAGCAGACCUUGUUGGAAACAAGUUAAUGAGUUAGGGGGGAAAAAAAAUUCACUUUUCAUCCCAUAUACAAUCUCAAGAGUAACAUUCAUCGAAUUGGAUGUGAGAUGAUCGUCAUUGGAAUGAACAAUAUUUUUCUUCCUAUAAACGGCAUUUGAAAUGACAAAAUGACUGCAGCUCCUGAACUCAUUUGGGCCUUCUGACCAUUUGAAGCACAGAAAUUUUCCACAAUAUGGUUUCAGAAGUCACAAAAAUCAAUAACAUGUGACCAAGCGAUCGAAGGGAAAUGAGGCUAUGGAAAAUGGAACCAGCAGCACUGGGACUCCAGACCGCAUUUUGAACGGAUGCGCCAAGAAGGCUUCUGCUAUCUAUUGCGCUGCAGAGAGCAGAAACGAGAUGAAGUUCUGCGAAUCCAAUCCCUACCAUUUGAAAUCGAGUGACAGCGAUGGCAGCAGUGAGGCAGAGGAAAAGGCCCGGGUGGUCACCUUCUUCAGCUCCUUUCUUAAAAGAACAAGAGCUUUCGGUUCGAGAAAAAGGCCACGCUCGCUGAUUGUUUUUCGGGAGACCUCCAAACAGAAAUCCAGGUUGUCCUUCCUGGACAGGCUGAGGUCAUUGAAAAAGUUCAAGUCAUUGGACCUCUUCAGGCUCCAGUUUACUCGAAAUCUAAAACGCAAGACUUCUAAAAUCUGGACCAGAGAUAAGAGAUGCAUGGCGAAUGGUGCUUCAACGUGCAAGCAAGCAUUAGACGAAGGAACUUUUAGACAUACAUACUCAGGGGAUCUACAUGACUUCGACUCAGCUGGAGACUCGAACCUAAUUAGCAAUGCUCUGGAGAGUAUUAGCAUUGAGGACAAACAGCAAGUUAACAAAAAUUGGAAGAGUAUACAACAAUAUUUCAAAAGUUCGAACCGGAAAACAUUUGACCCAAAUUGUUACGGCGCAGUAACUGUCUUCCCCGAGGAUGCAGGAAAUAAAUAUGCAAAAAUCACGGGGCCCGAAUGUAAAAAGAGCGGACGAAAUGAUGUUUUGAAUUACUUGAAAAAGAUGUCAAUUAGAAAGAAGCUUGACUUGGGUGUUACAGAGAAGAAUAUAGACCACAAGGAGCAAAACGCAGAUGGACUAGUUGACUCUGAGUCCAUCAAACAAGAAUGUGAUCAGAGCUGUUUAGACAAAUCAAGUCGGAUAAGAGAUAGGAAACGCUUGAAAGGCAUUAACUUCAGCAAAGUUAUAAAAGUAAUCAGCAGAGAAAGGAAACAGAGCAACUUUACUGACACCUACACGCAGUUUGAGGAGACUCCUCAGAGGGGUCCCAGCUAUUAUAACCAUGGCCUUCACACCACUCCAGUUAUUCCAGAGACUACAACUAGGAAGGUCACGUCUCCCUCACAGUCUUCUCUCACCUCAGACUCUGGAACGUGUAACCCCCUCAGCCAAUCCAUCACGACCGAAACUCCACGGUUGCAGGAAGUAACGAGGGCUGACAUUUCUGCGAGGAGGUGCAACUCCGAACUACUUGACUCCUUCACUUCUAUCUCCCUGUGCGACGAGUGGAAGAGCCCGGAGGUGGUGACUAAUUGUCGGAUUACAACCGAUGGCGGCCGAUGGAAUGAGGCUGCCGAGGUCCGAAUCGUAUCUGUUGAACCAAAGGUUGAGAUGCAGCCAAAGGAUGUAUCCGCAAAGGACUACACAGACGAGCGGUCUCGUGAUGAAAGAACUGGAAAAUCUGAAGAGACAAAGAUGAGGCAACCAAACAUGAACAGUGGGAAGCCUCCUCGUCCUGUUUCAGACUGUGGUCAGCUUUGCGAAUGGCAAAGCAUUCUCCCAAUAGAUGACUCUCCUACUACGGCAGAGUCCAAUACGAGAUCCAAAGUGGCGGCAGAUUCGACCGUUCCUGAAAAUGGACCUGGUAUCAACUCUUCGCCAGCCGCCAGGAUAAGGCUCAGAAGCAAACGUGCCCACCAAAGGCCUUUCUCCGUGAUAGAUGCAGUUUCCCUUGCUGAACAUUGUGAGAAGACGAGCAAUCUUCACCAACCAGCAACCUGCCGCCCACCACCACCGCACCGUGUUCCACCCUUCCGAGCGGUCUCCCACAUCAACCGGCCACUCCACUUGUCCCAGAGCACGCCCAUUGGACUGGAUCAAGUCGGAUGGAAAAGCCAAAUAUUAGCAAUGACAGUUAAUGAUGCAGCUGGGAUGGAGAUGACUAGAAUCCAUGAAAGUACUGCAAGUAUUAAAGACUAUGUCGGUUUCUGUCGUGGUACAGGCUCGCCUCUGAAGCACGGAGCAGAACAACUGCUGGCGAAUAAGCUGAUCAGUGGCGGUUACAUUGUCAGUGCUGAGGCAGUAUGGGAUCACGUCACAAUGGCCGACCGUGAGUUGGCAUUCAAAGCGGGGGACGUUAUCAAAGUCCUCGAUGCCUCCAACAAGGACUGGUGGUGGGGACAGAUUGACGAUGAAGAAGGCUGGUUUCCAGCCAGUUUUGUGAGGCUUUGGGUGAACCAGGAGGACACUGUAGAUGAAGCCAGUAGUGAGAUUCAAAAUGGACAUCUGGACCCAAACUCCGACUGUCUGUGUCUUGGCAGAAGUAUCCAGAACAGAGACCAGAUGAGAGCAAAUGUCAUCAACGAAAUCAUGAGCACAGAACGACAUUACAUUAAGCAUCUCAAGGACAUCUGUGAGGGGUACCUAAAACAGUGCAAGAAACGCAGGGACAUGUUUAGCGAUGAACAGCUGAAAGUCAUUUUUGGAAAUAUUGAAGACAUUUAUAGAUUUCAGAUGAGUUUUGUCAGAGACCUGGAGAAGCAGUAUAACAAGGAGGAUCCUCAUAUGAGUGAAAUUGGACCUUGCUUCUUAGAGCAUCAAGAUGGAUUUUGGAUUUACUCAGAGUACUGUAAUAAUCAUCUUGACGCCUGCAUGGAGCUCUCCAAGCUGAUGAAGGAUGGCAGGUAUCAGCAUUUCUUCGAGGCCUGCCGUCUCCUGCAGCAAAUGAUCGACAUUGCCAUCGAUGGUUUUCUCCUCACUCCCGUGCAGAAGAUCUGCAAAUAUCCACUACAGCUCGCUGAAUUACUCAAGUACACUGCACUGGAACACAGUGACUACAGAUACGUUGCUGCAGCUUUGGCAGUCAUGAGGAACGUGACUCAACAAAUCAAUGAGCGCAAAAGAAGGUUGGAAAGUAUAGAUAAGAUGGCCCAAUGGCAAGCUUCAGUCCUCGACUGGGAGGGUGAUGAUGUUCUGGACCGGAGCUCUGAGUUGAUCUACUCUGGGGAAAUGACGUGGAUUUACCAGCCUUAUGGACGCAACCAGCAGAGGACCUUCUUCCUCUUUGACCAUCAGUUGGUCAUGUGUAAAAAGGAUUUGAUACGACGGGACAUUCUUUACUACAAAUGCAGAAUUGACAUGGACAAGUAUGAAAUGAAAGACGUCGGUGAUGGAAGAGAUGAUGAAUUUAAUGUUAAUGCCAAGAAUGCCUUCAAACUAAAGAACAAGGAGACAGAGGAAGUGCACUUAUUCUGUGUGAAGAAGCCGGAGGAAAAGCAAAGAUGGAUGCGGGCACUACAUGAGGAGAGGAGAAUGGUUCAAGAAGAUGAAAAAAUAGGGUUUGAAAUCUCGGAGUACCAGAAGAGACAAGCUGCAAUGACCGUGAGAAAGGUCAGCAAACAGAAAGGAGUGAACUACACAAGGUCAUUACCUCCCUCGUACCCAGCACCACCUGAUCCUCUCCACCAGAGGAACUUCAUGCUCACUGAUGGCAUACCUCAGGGGUCAAUGUAUGAACUAACGGAGCCUAAACGCAGUCAGUCUCCCUUCUGGCAGAACUUCAGUAGGUUAACACCAUUUAAAAAGUAACAGGGCGUGUUGGUUUUGGAGGACCUUGCUCUAGACAUUUAUUCUUGGCAGUUAAAAACAAAGAGUGGACCAACAAACCAUGUUUGGAUCAUGAAUCUCGAUGACUUAAAAAACCUCUGCUGAUACCUUUCCAUGCUGAGCCUUGGUUCAAAACAACAUUUUAUCUGAUUAUUUCUUAGUGUGAUUCAGCUGUUCAUAAAGCAUACAAUACGUAACAACAGAGAGUCAGGAAGGAAAACUGAAAUUCAGACUAAGCCUUCAUUGCAUUCCUUCAUUUGUGAUUCUGUGGAUCUAGAUUUUCUCCGUAGUGCACUGUAUUGCAUCUGUGUACACACAGGCACAGACAGACUUACACACUCACACUCACACACAUGCACAUUCAUGCACCCAUCUUGCUUCUAAAAGCUUAUUACAUAUAAGAGUAUGAAGUGUGUUUUAUUGCUUGAUCAGUUUUACAUAAACUACUGCCGAUAUUUUAAUGACUUAUAUCACAACCAUGCUUUUGAUGAUUUAAUAUAUAACCAUGUGCUGAUGUGAUAUGUUGUACUGAUUGAACAGUUCCUUCAGCACGGUGGCACAGCGGUAGAGUUGCUGCCCUAGACCCGAGUUUGAUCCUGACUACGGGUGCUGACUGUACGGAGUUUGUACGUUCUCCCCGUGACCUGCGUGGGUUUUCCCACCGGAGCUCCGGUUUCCUUCCACACUCCAAAGACGUACAGGUUUGUAGGUUAAUUGGCUUGGUAAAAUUGUAAAUUGCCCCUGGUGCGUGUCGGAUAGCGUUUGUGUGCGGAGAUCAUUGGUCGGCGUGGACUCGGUGGGCCGAAGGGCCUGUUUCCAUGCUAUAUCUCUAAACUAAACUAAACUAAUCUCAAUUUGAAGGGUUUAGGAAUAACUCACAGCAUUACUACCAGUAUUUGUGGAGUUGGUAGUUAUUAGGAAGGUUAGAUUCAAAUUGACAAAACAAUUCCUUUUCCCUCUUUAUCCAUGUGGUUGUUUAAAAGCCAACAUUUAUUUUAGCGUACAACAAAAUCUUUCAGCAGAUUGGAUAUAUAACUAUAACGUUUUGACCAGAGAAUCAAUUGCUUAAUCUAAUUAACAUUCUUUGUUAACAUGUUUUAGUCCAGGUUUGUUAAUGUGUUACACUUAACAGCUAAUAAUUAAUCCAAUUGUAUUUUAACUCUUUAAAUUUGACUCGGAAUGCAUACUGCAACACCCACAAGUCUUUGUUGUAGUCAGUUAAUACUUUCUUCACCUUGUGCACCCUUGGACAUUACUAAUCCUUCCACACGAACAGCAUUAAUCAUCCGAACCCCAUGUGAUUUCUCUACAACGUCUCUGGACUACUUUAACUGAAAUGUUCGCAAUUCAGCGGAGCUCUGUGGAUUGAUCAAUGCACAGCCAGCACAAUAGAUUAUAAACUAGGUUACAAAGGAACCAUUGGAAAUGAAGGAAUUAAGUUAUCUUUAAAUAUUGUCCUACAAAGAUGUUUUUGUGCCACAAGUGAUGUAAACAUUUGUUUUGUGACGUCUCUCUAUUUUGCAUUUCCAAUGCAUAGGAUGAAAUCAUACGAGAUAUUAAAAAAAAAACGAUAAACUAGCCAAUCUUUUGAAAUAAUAAUGGACAUUUUUUAUAGAACUACAAAGCUACUUUUCCAGUAAUCAUAGCUAGAUAUUAUUUUCUAACAAUCGAAAUAAUUCAAAUAUUUAUUAAACUAGUGCCAAAAAUUGUAGAAACAAGUUCAACAACGAGAAAACUUGUUCGUAUAUAAUUCAGUACACAGGUACUUAGCUGCCAGCUGACAGGUAAUUUGUUCAGCGCUGAUUCUAUUUAAAGGCUGUUGGCACCCUUAACAAAGGCAGUUAGCUAAAGUCCUGUUUAAUCAAAUAUGUUUUUUCUCAUACUGAAGGUGCAGUCUGUCAGGAACAUGUUAAUGCUAUCCAUUUAGGGGUUUUAGUGGCUUGUUUUUUAAAAAACUUUAUUUCUACAAUUAAUUAUUUAAUUUCAUUGCAAUGGCCAUGGUCUCCAUCUUAUCAUAUUCAAGCUCUUUGCUCAGGUAAAUUCUUGCAUGAUGUGCCAAUAUGAAGUAGUGAUUGACUGGUACAUAGUUCUACAGGUCUGGUUUUCUGGGUUUUUCAGUAUCUGCCCCGACUGGUAAGGGUAACAAGCAGUGCCAAAUUAUCAACGGGGCCAUGUAUGCAUUGCAAUUAGUGAUUGCCAUUGUAACACACACCAGCGUCUUAAGAAAGAGGACUACAUAUCCAUUCAACUGGAACAUGAAGCUAGCCAGAACUUAGUCGUGACUUUUCUGUAAAAUGCACAGUGAAGUGAUUUUUGAGUGCAGAUGCUGGUUUAAACUGAAGAUAGACACAAAAAGCUGGAAUGACUGUGCAAGAGUCAGGCAGCAUCUCUGAAGACAAGGAAGAAUGCCUAUAAAGUGACUUUAUAGGUUGAUUUAAGAUAAUGCAUUUAAGGAAUCUUUUCUUGUCAUUUGACCAGGGGUAUUCAGUAGGAAGUUUCUCAGGGGAACAUCAGUCAAAAUGCCCACGUUACGCUUUAUGCAAUAACUAAUUCGGAGAUCUAGAACGUCAAGUAGGCCAGAGUGGAUCUCUGUGUAAGACCUUGAUUGAGCGCAGCACCUUUCCCAACUCAGUGUUCUCAGUUUCAGACUGGAAUGACUGUGUGAACAGGCGGAAACUCUAAUGUGGUCCCUGACCCCACUGGAUUCCCAGCAUUAGGGCAGGAGAAUGCUACCCACUCAACUGCCUACUUUGGCAGCAACAUGAUGCUAUUGCAAUGAAAGGGGAGAAAAUGAACUAGAUGGCAAGAGAGCGCCACAAGCAGAUUUCCGGGUAUUGAUAAGCUAGCUUCAGAUAUGUUUGCCAAAUGCAGUCGCCUCUCUAUGGAGAAGGAACAUGACGUUCCUGUUAGCAAGGGUCAGGGUACAUCUGCGGUCUAUUUUUGUGAUCUAGUGACCCGAUGGAAUUUGGACAAGGUGCCAGGUUUGAUUCCUGGUGCGGAAUAAUGCGAUCUAUGCCAGCAGAAGAGAACCUAAAUACUGAUUUCAGCAGCCAUGGGCUAAAAGGACAAAAAAUAUAUAUUUGUCUAGCAUACUCACUGCCUAGAUCUAUCCAGUUAUGUGCACAUUGGCAAUGACUUGAUAAGGGCAGACAUGCAUGUCUAAGCUUACAUAUAAAGAAUAACUUCUUUAAUAAGGUGCUGGUAUGUUGCUGACGCACAUGGAAAUAUGGUCCACCAACAAGACAGUGAAGAACAAAGUUGAGGAUUUUUUUAAUAAUGUGGAUUUUUGAUAUCUGACUGGAUAUGAAAUUAAAUGAGAUUAUGGCUUGUGCACCUUGCUGACCUUGCCUCGCCACUAGUGUUACCAUCCAACCACAACGAGUAUUUGCGAGGUUAACUAAAAAUCAGUUUUAUAUUUUUCCAUUAUAUUUGUUAAAAGAAUUCAAUGCUUGUAAUCAUGGCAACUGAUGCCAGGACUAUUUGGGGUGAUUGUACCAGUCUCUCAGUUAUACCACCUUUCACUUUUACCUUAUCGCAUUAACACGAUGGGGUAAAAUCAUGCCACAAAAUUGGGUGGUAGCAACUAUCCAUUUUCUAUUGUAUCCUUCAGUUGCACUUGUAAAUGUAUGUAAGUCUUAAUCCUCUGAACAAUUUUUCACUGUGGAAACAAAUUAUUUACACACUUUAUGCAUUAUUUCCAUGACAUUAUUUGGCAUUGUGUUGACGUUACAUGUGUUGAGUUGUUAAAGGAUAUUUACUUGCUUGGGGAGUGCUUCACAUGGAGCUAAUUUAAGCUGUCAAAUUCUGUUUUUUUAAUUUAUAAUUUCAUAUUUGCAAUGCCUUAUAAUUGAAGACAUGACAUUAUUGUUUCAAUAUGGCAAUGUGGAGCUGUGUAAAAUUAAUUCAGAGACCUACAAUGCAUAUAAAGGUAAACAUAGUCUAUGCAUGUACUGAGCCUUAAGGAACAUGAUUAAGAUGGGUUGGGAUAUGGUGGGAUAAAAGAUUUUAAAUGUCUGGUCAUCAUUUAAAGUGAAAUGUGCAGAGUUUCUCGAGAAUCAAGAAACUCAGGCAUUGGUCAUCAUUAAAAGGAUCUUUGAUUUGUGAUAAUAUACCAGGUACAAACGAAAACUGCUUGCAAGGGGCACGUACAUUUUUUAAAUUAUCUAUAAAAUGCAGAUGUAAAUUGUUACAUCGUGGAAAAUGGAUGCUUCAGUUACGAACUCUUGUCUUUGCUCCAAAAGUUACCAAGUAACAGGCAUUGGACUUGUAAAUGACACCUAACGAUUCAAGUAUUUUAUGGAUGGUGCUCUGAGUGAAACAUUCUCCAUGCACUGGCAUUUAAAGUCACAAUAGCAGCCAUGUUGAAUUGCCAUGUUCUAAAAGUCUUAACAACCUCUAAUGUAUUAAUAAGAAACAAAUAGGACUUACUCGUUAUCGAUGCGCAUUUCCACAUGUAUCUUGUACAAUAUAGAAAUGCGAUUCUCAGCACCAUAAAGCAACAUGCCAUAGAACAGGUCUUCAUCUGACCUUGUUAAAGACAGCCUUGUUGAAGCCAAUACUGUAUCAUUCAUAAGUUGGAAUGAAGUCUUUCAGUAAGCAUUUUGAUUUAGCUACAGACUGUAAAAUACUGAGCAUUUUGCUCAGAAUUUCAUUUCUAGAGAUGUAGAUAUUAGUUGUAAAGGGAUUAUUUCAUGGACUCACACUGUUUAUGUUAUAAAAUUAGUGUUUGAAUUUUAAAAACAAUGCAUGGAGGUAUUGCAUGGUCUCACUGUUCUUUUUGCAAAAUGUGCUCAUUUUUUAGGGAAUGAUAUACCACCAGUCAAUAAAAUGUAAAUGCAAAUCGUGACCUCUCGUUACAAGCAAAACCUUAGCAUGGUGAACUAACUAAUGAACUAUGACCAUGUUAGAUUCCAGUUGUAUAUGGUUUAGAUAUGCUUGUGAAUCCUGGGUGAAUCCUGCUGUAUAUCAUCGGAUGGUUUUGUCAGAUUGAGAUCUUGCCUAUAAACUUCAGCAAACCUUAGAGGUUCAGUUUCCCAGGUGGAAUUGGCUUGUAUUGUAAAGGAAGGGAUCAUCAACAUGUUUUAACUUUUUUUAAAUCAAAAUAGAUAGUUAGAAUUGAACACUCUCAUUUAUGAAAACUCCUCUCCUGACUAAUCCUCUCCUGACUAAGGAUUCAUAAGUAUUCUGAAUAAGGGUGGCACGGUGGUGGAGCGGUAGAGUUGCUGUAUUACAAUGCCAGAAACCCGGGUUCAAUCCUAACUAAAGGUGCUUGCCUGCACGGAGUUUCUACGUUCUCCUUGUGACUGCGUGGGUUUUCUCUGAGAUCUCCGGUUUCCUCCAACACUCCAAAGAAUUAUAGGUUUGUAGGUUAAUAUAAAUGUAAAAUUGUCCCUAGUGUGCGUAGGAUAGCGUUAAUGUGCGAGGAUAGCUAAUCGGCGUGGACUUAGUGGGCCGAAGGGCUUGUUUCCGAUCUGUAUCUCUAAACUGAACUAAACUAAAAUCCCACUUUUGCUAAAGGAUGCAGAUAAAUGAGAGACCCCCAUAAUAAUACAUAAAUGUGUCUCCAGAUCACUCUCAGUAGUCCAAUUUCACUGCAAGUUUUUAUAGUACUUUUCAGUUUACAUAAAGUCCUGCCAUUGAUUCCCACAAAUAAAGGAAUGCAGAUAAUAAUUAUGUCAAUUUUAAGUAUGUCUCUAUUGUUAAUGAUAACCAUAUUAGACUAUUAGACUGUAGAACAGCGUUAAUGUGCGGGGUUUACUAGUCAGCGUGGACUCGGUGUGCCGUGGGGCCUAUUUCCGUUGUAUCCCUAAACUAAAAUAUUUGUCAUAUAAUGGGUGAAACCACUAAAAUUAGAUCCCUGUUUGUGUUAUGGACACAAUUUUGAGGAAAGAUGCUGGUUUGGGAGUCUAAAUUUGUUGCUGGGGAACAGCUCACUGCAACAGUAUAUAGUUGAGGCAUCCCAAAUAAAAUAUGAUAGUUGUGGCCUACAGCUCAUUCUCUUUAAGUAACUAACAUUAUAUCUGGAAGUUAAAUAUAAUUAUCUUUUAUUUGUUCCAAAUCAAAUCACCACAUUUGUAAAUUGUACAGAUUGAAGUUUUAAAGUUGAUCCAAGUAAUAAUUUAAGUAACAUUUAGCUAAAAUUAAACUAUUUAUUUAAGCAAUGAAUAUGUUCACAAAUGAUUCCUUUUAGUGCCUGUCCCACUUGGGCGAUCUAAUCCGCGGGUUCUGGCGAGUUUGCCCUCGACUCAUACUCGCAGCAUGGUCGACACGAGGUCGUAGGAGGUCUUCGCAAUUCUCCUUCAUGCUCGAGAGUGGUCUCUGCGUACUCGAGGCCUCAGCUAGGUCGCGUCAUUUUUAAAAAUGUGUUAAAAAAUGCACGCAAAUAAAACAAGGUCGCCAUGGAAAAAAUCGAUACUUUUUUUACUCGUAGGUUUAGUCGUAGUAGGUCGGCAUGUUAGUCGUAGGUAAUCAAGGAUAGUCAAAGAAAGUCGAAGGUAGUCGUCGAUAGGCUUCAUCAUAGUCGAAGAGAGGUCGAAGGAGGUCGUCUUCACUCUCCAUUACGCGGUGUCCAGUUUUCCCGAAGUUAGUUGUAGCUAGUUAUAGCUAGUCGAAGCUGGUCUUCAACAUAAUCAAAGGAGGUCGAAGGAGGUCUUCUACAUAGUCGAAGGAGGUCUUCAACAUGUCAUUUUUUCAAACUGUUCUAAACUCGCGAAUUAGGUCGCCCAAGUGGGACAGCCCCUUUAGUCUACCAUUUCAUUCAACGAAAUUAGCCCGCAAUUUGUGCUUUUUAUGAAAAGAGCAAUUGGAAGUACAGUAUAGCAUGAAUGUGCUAACAAGAUCAUUAUUAAUAUUGCAAUAUAGUUUCUGCCUCUUUAUUACAAAGUUGUCAUAGUUAGGUACACAUCAUUAUUCAGAAAGAAAUAAUAUUCUCCAUAAUAGUCAAAAUGUGCAUAUCCUUACUCUUUGUACUCCAAGAUUUUUUUAAAAACAAAAUUAUAUUUUCUUCUAGAGUUCAAAAAUGUUAUUAAAAUAAAUGUGGAGAUUCAAAUAAUUAGUUAUAAUAAUUAAUAAGAUGGCAUAAUAUUUAGAGGUAUUGCUGCACAGAUAAUAUAAAUGCUGAUAAUGUCUAAUGGACAGCUUAGCUGUAAUAUUGGAAACUAUUCCUACAAUAGCUCGGUAUUCAAAGGCAUUUCCCCA